GCAACCGGUGAGUGCUAGAGUCUAACGGCAGUCGAUGAAUUGGAUAUUUUAAAUUUAUUGUUCGUCGAAAUAAGGCAACUGCUCGUCAGCACCGAACGCAAAAACCGGCGCAGUGCGGGGCACAAGUGAAGUGAAGUGAAUAGAAGUGCCGUGAAUGGAGGUGAAGUGCAGUGGAAAAGUGGAAAUUCAAAUUAAAAUGUGCUAAAAUGCCUUAUGUUUUGUUUGAAUGGUCAACAAAUGCUCAUUGUGCACAUACAAACAUACAUCCAUAAACGCUGGCAACGGCGCACAUUUGUUGGUAUGUUGCACGCUACACAACUACUUAGUUGCUCUUCUUCGCGCCGCCAUUGCAUUAGAAUUGCGUUGAUAUUUCACUCAGUCGCCAAUUUGGCAACAAUCAUUUGCCAGUGAGCAGAAAAUGGUUUCAAUUUAGUGCCUUUGAUGGCUUUAUUGCUUGCAUGCAGCAGUGGCUAUUACCGAGCGUUUGGAAAUUCUGCGGUGCGCUUUGUGAUCACCGAUUUGUGUGUGCGUUUGUGAAUGUAUUUGGGUGGGUGGAUGGUAACAUUUUGCGUUUUCCGUGCAAGCGCUGACAUUUUGGCUGCGUUUGUUUUCGUUUCAUCAACGCUCCGCACACACCUGGCUGGCUCGUUACUCAUACGCCCCGAACGUUUGAGGAUUGACAACCGAUUGACGCUUUCAUCCAAGUUAUGCAAUGAAAUCACUGAGGCAGUGUACAUGACAACAAAUAAAUAAUAAAAAUUUUAUAUUUUUCAAUUUACAUCCAAAUAUACCAGUAAAUUCUAGUUACUAGUCGAAAAGUUCGUCGCAACUGAACGAAACGUAAUAAUGAUUAAGGUUUACGACCGGCCAGAGCAGAUUGCAUUCCAAGGUGGGCGCAGCGUAAUGGGUGCUGGUUGACAAUCAAAUAUUUGGUAGUCCUCGGCGAUGAAUGUGGUUGGCCUGCACAGAACAAAACCAUAGCGAAAAGUUAAUAGUUUAUUUAUUUACCGCAAUUCAAUGGCAAUUGCGUGAGGGGAGAAUGAAAAGCAGCAUGAAGUCUGAAAUUCGCCGAAUUUAUACCACCGAAGCUUCCACAAAUGAAUUACUCAGAAAGCAGUCCUCAGCCUCAGCAACAAUAUUCACCGGGUCAAUUUUACGGUCUUUCAACCUGAACGACGCCGAUUCUUUGGCAUGCCCUCUGCAUAGCAAAGAAGUGCACCAACUAAUACGAAGAUCUUCCACACAGACACGUCGCGUGAACGGGAGAUGUCACGUCAACGGAAAUGGUAAACGGCGAUUGCAAACGCUACUUUUCGAGUUCUUGGCAGUAACGGCUACCGCAACCACUGCCGCCACCGCCGUCACAGCUGUCACCACACCCGCCGUUAACACAACCACAGCCUUAGCAACGAAAGGGACACAAGUCAUUCCGUUUAACGAUGCAACAGGGUCGACCGCAACAGCGUCAAUUGUCACAAAUUCAAAAGCAUUCACGGCAAUGCCGGCAACGAUGGCAACUGCGCUGAAUGCAAAAUUUCACAGAGCUACAACCGCAAAUGCUUUUAUUCAAAUGAAUUCCAUCGCUUUUGGGGAUGAUCCCCUCGCCAGUAGUGCUGGCGUCGGUACGACCACUCCCGUCAAUACAAACACCGUAUCCAUGUUGGACAUCAGCGUUGCUACAACUCCCACCACAAUCACCACCACCGCAACCACCAUUAGCGCGGUGUCCUCCAUGGAUGCUUACCUUGUUGCAUUGCCUUGGCCAAAGGCGCUCGUCGUUGCAAUUUUUGUGUUGCUGAUCCUAGUAACGGUAGUCGGCAAUACACUCGUCAUACUGUCUGUGCUGACCACGCGCCGUCUUCGCACGGUCACCAAUUGCUUUGUCAUGAAUUUGGCCAUCACGGAUUGGCUAGUGGGUACGUGUGUCAUGCCGCCAGCUGUGAUGGUCUAUGUUGUGGGUAGCUGGCAUUACGGCUGGAUCCUUUGCGAUAUUUGGAUUUCAUUGGACGUUCUCCUCUGUACCGGCUCCAUACUGAGUUUGUGUGCCAUAAGUCUGGACAGAUAUCUUGCAGUGACUCAACCUCUUACUUAUUCCAAAAAACGCCGCUCGAAACGUUUGGCACUAUUUAUGAUUUUCAUUGUGUGGGUGACGGCGCUAUUAAUCACAUGCCCACCAUAUUUGGGCUGGUAUGAGCAGGGACGACGCCGCGAGGGCAAUGUCGACUGUCGCUACAAUCAAAAUAAAGGAUAUGUGGUCUUUUCCGCAAUGGGCUCAUUUUUCAUUCCGCUCGCAGUUAUGAUGUACGUGUACUUGAAAAUUGGCUAUGUCCUCACGUCACGCAGGCAGCGCAUUGUUCGCGAUGCGAAUUCUGAACGUGCUGCGGACCACGAUAUCGAUUGUGAUAACUUCAUUUCCGAGUCGGAGCAUUAUCAAUGUGCCACACCGAAGUUUCCUUCCUUCAAAUCGCGCUGGGGCAGUGCCAAUGCCGGCAGCAACAAUUGCGCCGGAAAGAAUCUCAGUUUGCACUGCAGCAAAUGUAACAAAGCCUACCUGAACAACGCAAACGGAAGUGCCACUAUUAACGGUGCUCUGAGCAACAGCGUAGUAGUUGGUGGAUUGAAGCAUCAGCCCUCCUUCUACGAGUUGGUCGAGGUCUCUCACUUAACUUCUGUAAUUCAAUGUACGGCCAUCUCCUGCAAAUACACGGGCAUCUGCAUGCACUCGAGCGCGGUGGGCGUGCCAUUGGCCGAGCGUCGCUCUUCUUCAUUACCUAUGCAAGCUGUGCACUUUGUGGAGGAUACCACUUCAUUAUCUGAGAAUUGCCUGGCUGCGACGACCGCCAGCAUGACAACAACGCAGAGUAUGAAAUUUGGUCAAGUUAUGGGACAAAAUCAACAGCAUCUGCACGCACAACAUCAACACAACCAUCACCAUCAUCCGCAUCGAAUACCAAUGCGCGUCUCUACGACAAAGCGCGAUACGAAAACCGCUAAGACGCUGACAAUUGUCAUGGGUGGCUUUAUCGCCUGUUGGCUGCCAUUUUUCGUCUACUACCUGCUAAUGCCAUUCCUUCCACGCGCUGCGGUAUUUCAGGGUCUUAUGUCCUUUCUAACAUGGGUCGGUUGGGUGAAUUGCGCCAUUAAUCCCUUCAUUUAUGCCUUUUACAACCCAGACUUCCGUACCGCGUUCUGGCGACUAACUUGCAGGCGCAUUUGUAAACAAAAACCGCCACCCAACCACAUAGCCAUGUUCCGCGGCUAAAGGAUUGCAGCAUAAGUACACAACAUUUAACAUAUGGGACCCUUUUUUAGCAAUACAUACGUGAGCCCGCAUAUGUAUGUGUGCUGUGUGCGAUGCUGAGGGGUUAGGUGAAUUUGCUGAAAAAUUUGUACAAAAGACAUUUACGACCAAAAUUAUUAUGGCGAGCGGCGUAAAAUUACCGGCAUGGGAAAAUAAACAAUCGACAGAUAAAUGAAGACAAUGUCAUUUGGAUUUGCUAGUGAUGAUUCUUGUCAUCCAGAAACGAGUAAGGGAGCCGUGGGUUUGGCAAGGGCCAGCAUGGGAUGAAAAUAAAUUCUUGUUAGGUGCCUUAACUCAAGCGAGCAUUUGAGCGGCUACCGAAGUGCAAACAAAACAUAGCUCUAAUUUAUUAUUUAAGUUAAAAUGGAGGCAGCUCAGCUGUGCCAAUUUUAGCCAAUGUUCUGAAACGAAUUGCCAUGUACACGCAUACACACCACAUACAUACACACGCUCAAAAUAAUAGCAGCGCGACUAUUUUCACUAUUUAUUUAUUUCAGUUUUUUAUUUCUAUCAAUUUUUUUUUAACUUUUUUUUAUAAAACAGUAAUAUGUAUUCAUUACAACAAGAACCAUAUAACUUAAUUUCAAACUCUGUACAAAAUUUAAAAAGAUUCAAAAAUGUUUCUUUUUUUGCCGGCCAAGUUCGAUUAUUUCUGUGAUUUUAUCGACAUUUUCGACAUUUUCUUUAACAUCAGAAGUGCCCGAACGAAAUCGAUGAAACCAAAAUUACACGUAAUUAGCUGCUACAGUAACGGCACCAUAAACACCAUUCAUAAUUUCGGCGGCCUGGCUUCCACUUUCGCCUGCAUCAAAGAUAAACAUGAAAAUGUACCGAAUAUUCUCUUUGUUGACUUCCAAUGUUAACACCCUGUAACUCACAACUGAAUGAAAUAAACUUAAAACAGCACAGAAUUUUUUUUUGUGUGUAGUAUCACCUUGACAAGAAGCCUAAACUUUAAAUUGUUUGAUCGAUACUUUGAGAGAUAUCGACCACUACAGCCAUCUACCGAGAAAACGAUGAAUUUUAUUUUGCCAAACUAAUAUUUAGCGAAAACAAAAGAAAACUUAUGAGUAUGCAGUUUUGCAGGCCAUUUAAUUUUGAUAUAACACCGUGUCAAUUUCAAGUAGCGCAAAAAUCGCAUUGAUUUUUGAUCAUUUUUUUGUUGACGGUGUUCAGCAUUUUCUGCCAUUUAACGAUUGCUCGAAAUUUUUCAUAUGGAGAAAGUGAAAAUAAAAUAUUUUUAAAAACCAACGCGAUUUUUGAGCUAUGUCAGACAUGCACAUGACUUAAACAAAAUUUAAUAAGCUACUAAACUACAUACUCAGAAUUUUACUACAAACAUUUUUAUUAAAAGGAGUUUUUAAUUUUAUUUUUUUUUUUAAUUUUUAAAAAUGUUGGAAAGUUUGGUUUAUGUAGAUUUUGUUGUAUUAUAAAUUAUAUUUUUGUGAGAUUUUUAUAAAAUACAGUUUUCUAAAAAAACAUUAUAUAAAAAAUAAAUAAAUAGUCAAUAAAUAGUCAAUACUUUGUAAUAUGUCGCGCUGCUAUUAUUCUGAGCGCAACUGUAUGUACCAUUUUCUAUAUAAGAGUAGCUAAUUUUUUUAAUUUAAUAUUUUAAUAACUACUGCUAAUCAUAAUGAGUAGAUAUAUAUGCAUGUUUCUAAGUAUCCAAAUACAAUAAAAAUAAAUGGUCGACAUUAUGGGGAAAGAAAAACUGUUAGUCCCCAAAUUUGUACAAAACUCUACGCAAAUGUAUGCUUAAUAUUAUAUGUAAAUAUUUAUUUGUAGAAUUUACACUAACUUAACAUUAAAUAAAUUAA